GACAGGAGUAUUUCAAUAAUUUGGCUGGACGUCGCAGCACUUGGGCACAGAAAGAUCUAACACGGCUCUCUUGCAGAUACGAUAACGUAGAAUGGACGAGUCUGCGUCUCUGGACUCCCUGGCCAAUCUGCUCACCGAACUUUCUACGCAUCCCUAUGACAUAUCUCUUCACAUUCAACAUAUUCGUCUUUCUCAGUCGUUGCAAGGUUUGGACUCACAGCUCAUCACCGCUCAGGAGAUGGCUGCAAACUAUUUUGCCGUCGGAGAUGAAGUCUGGUUGUCUCUUAUCGAAGCCAAGGAAAAGGCCGUUGACAUAGACUCACCAAAUGGAGUUUUGGAGGUGCUGGGACUCUACGAUCGUGCUGAGAAGGACUACCUAUCUAUUCCUAUCUUGCAGAAACACGUCGAAUUCAUCAUCGACCGCCAUGCUCAUUUUGCCAGCCUCGAGUCUGUGCCUGAUGAAUUGGGGGACGUAUGUUCUACCGAGUGGACUCGUGCCUCACUCACUUCCGUCGUAGCCAAAGGUGAAGGUCACUUAACCAAGAGUCAUCUCCUGUGGGACGCAUAUAAGGACUGGGAGUUUGAAUUGCUCGGGGCAGCUCCAAACUCUGAAAGGGAUGUUUUAGUCAAUGACUUCGAGGAAUUACUCCUCGAUCGCCUACAGCAACCUCAUUCAAAUCAUGACGAAACUUACCAAGCCUACUCGUCUUUCACUACUAAUUACAAGCCUCCUCAGGACUAUGAAUCCCUCCUCGUCUCAGCAUCCAAAAUGCGAUCUAAAGCUGUAAAAUCAUAUGAGCGCCGUGAAGCUUCUGAAAUCGCGCUCAGUCAAGCUCACUUUUCUCUAGACGCGUAUGGUUACUACAUAGCUUCGGAACGAAGAAUGAGAAAUGUUGACAUGUUCAUUGUCACAACCCUAUACGAACGUGCUAUCGCAGAGGCGGCCAAGAGACGCUUUUCCGGGGAGAUUGGCGCAGAGCAAGUUCUAGAAAUGUUCUGGUCAGGCUACUGCGACGCCCUGCGGAUUCACGAUUCCAAUCAGCAAACAGAGCUUGAUAUCAUACAAAGAGCUGUAAGGAGCGUUCCUGGGUGUGGGGAGGUGUGGGCGAGGUAUUUCCGAUAUUUGGAACGCACUGCUGAAUCUGAAGAAAACAUUGCCAACAGGCCGACAGAAGCAGACAUUUAUACACAGGCCAUAUCAACGAAUCUCUUUACAAAGGAUCCCCAUCAGGCAAUUCCAUUAAUUCUCGCACGUGCGGGUUUUGAGAAACGAAAGAUGGAAUCUGGAAAAGGAGAUGAGAAUAUAUUUGUCGAGCUAAUCAAAAUUCUCGAGGAUGGUGUUGCUAUGGUUCGCCAAGCAUCUUCAACGGGCGAUCCUGGCUUUAGGCUUGAGAAAUUUCUGGCCGAACUAUAUCUCAACCUUGCUGAUGUGCCCGAAAACGCCAUUACUGUCUGGCAAAACACUGCGAAGCACUACAAGUCCAACUAUUCGGCCUGGAUUGCAUACACUGAUGUACUAAUAAAAACAGACCGAUACGAUCUUGCUCGCGCAACGUUCCAAGAUAUCUGCAUGAAAAACAUAGACUGGCCAGAAGCGAUCUGGGAGGCUUGGCUAGCUUUCGAGCAUUUGUAUGGUUCAGUUGAAUCGAUUGAAGCUUGUAUGGAUAGAGUAGAGCGCGCGCAAUAUCAGGUCAAUAUGCGUCGAUCUAAAGAAGCGGAAAGGGCGGCAUAUCAGGCAGCGCAAGUUAGCAUGGAGCAACAGGCAGCCACCGUCCCUGUUAUUGCCACGCGUAAUAUCGAUACCACAGAGUCUUUUAUGGAUGUCGAUGUGCCUGCUGCUGAGAGCGGCGUAAAGAGAAAGGCAGAAGAUGAUUCUCCUUCGGAGACUAGCAAGAAAGCUAAACUUGAAACAAGUUUACCGCCCCAAAAGAGAGACAGGGAAAAUUGUACAGUCUUUGUUGCAGAGUUACCAGCAGGUGCCACCGAGGGUGAACUGAAAUCACUGUUCAAAGAUUGUGGUGAAGUCCGUGAAGUCAAAAUCACGCAACUACCUGAGUCAUUAGUAGCAACUGUGGAGUUUGCCGAACGGGAUAGUGUACCAGGCGCUUUGACCAAAGAUAAAAAACGAAUUCAGGGAGAAGAGAUUGCCGUACAUUUGGCAUGGAGAUCAACCCUCUAUGUCACGAACUUCCCUGAAAAAUUCGACGAUGCUUCCGUUCGGGAUUUGUUUGGUCAGUAUGGCGUCAUAUUCGACGUGCGAUGGCCAAGUAAAAAGUUCAAGAGUACCAGGCGAUUCUGCUAUGUGCAAUUUACAUCUCCAUCGUCGGCUGAAAGAGCUCUCGAGUUGCACGGACGUGAACUCGAACCCGACAGAACUAUCAAUGUCUUAAUCUCGAAUCCUGAGCGCAAAAAAGAACGUACGGAUGCCGAUGCAAAUGAAAAGGAGAUCUACGUAGCAGGAUUGAGCAAAUUCACUACUUCAGAUGACCUUGAAAAGUUAUUUAAGACUUAUGGCGUUAUCAAGGAAGUUCGUAUGGCAGAAGACAAAAGCGGGCACUGCAAAGGCUUUGCCUUUAUAGAGUUUGAACAAGAAGCCGAUGCCCAGGCUGCGCUCGCAGCAAAUAAUUACGAGCUGAAGAAGCGUCGCAUGGCCGUCACACUUGCGGAUACUCGUGUGCGUGCACGCAAUCGGGACGCUUUGUUGGAUACUGGACUCGGCCGACGGGCAGAUACUCGUAAUCGAUCUGUACGGAUCCGUAACCUUCCCCCUGCUACCCAGGAAGGCCUUUUACAACAGGUUUUGGAGAAAUUUGCAAUUGUAAAACGGACAGAAGUCUUGUUGCAACAGAACGAAGCGGUUGUUGAGCUCGAGAAUGCUGUCGAGGCUGGGAAACUCCUUUUGCGCGCAGAACCUAUUUUCUUCAAUGGUAAUACUUUGAAAAUCUCUGAAGAGCCCCAAGCUGGUACCUCGGGUCCACGACCGGUAGCCCCAAGCACGCAGCAAGGCUUGUUUGUUCCACGAAACGCCGCGUCACGGCCUAGAGCAGGAUUAGGCCAUGCACGCAAGCCAGUCAUAAAGGACACCAAAAGGAGCCCAGCUGGAGCAGAAAAUCCCACAUCGGGGACUGGACAAGGGAAGCAGCAGGAUGACUUCAGGAAGCUAUUAAAUGGGUGAUAAGCUUGAAAGUGGUGUGAUCGACAUCCAUAUGCAUACAGAAGUCCACCAUAUCGCAACGUAAACACAGAGUAAAUCAGUAUGAUUGGGUACUAAUCGCAUCGCGAUGUUCAUCUGGUAAUGAGUAAGCUUACUAGUGUCCUGUC